GGGAGCGGGGAAAUGGGUCCACCAUGUCUCCACCGUCCUCCAAGGUCUGUCAUCGCCUUGGAGCAGGUACAAAUAGUCGGCUCUUGCCCUCCUUUCCCUCUCUUUGGAAACCUGACCCAUUCUCCGGAGAAGGAUGUAUCUUUGAAGGUGUCUCGGUCGAACCUCUCUGCAGGUUUCGGUCCGUUUCCUCCCCCAAAUCUGCAUCCAAACGAUGCUCUCCUGCAAGUUGGCUUUAAGCCUUGAAGCUUCCUGCAAUGGGAAAGUGGGACCCCACGAUUGACGGAUGAGGGACUUUUCUCGGCGCCUUGUGUUGCUUUGCAAGGAAAGCAGGACGAAGAAGAAGAGGAGGAGGAAGAAAAGUCUGGAGCAUCCUUGGGCAUAAAAGAAAGCAUUCGCCCCAUGUAUUUUGGUUUCUCUCUCCUCCCAUGGACUCCUCUUUCCCUUUGAUUCUGCAUCACCAAAUAUUCCAUUUGGGAAGGUAACCCUGGCAUCCUUUCGAAAAGGGGAACGUGGAACGGUCAAAAAGGUGUGGCUUUGAAGUUAUUUCCCCGGGAGACCACUGAGAGAUCUGCUGCAAAUCCCGGUGAGAAGCAGAAAUGAACAUUGGUCCUUGUUCAGGACACAGGAAGAAAGAUCGGAGGCCUGGACUCUGGGUACCACCUGCCUUGCUGAUCCUCUCAACCCUCCUCUACCUUUUCCCAACAGCUAGAAGCUCGGAGGCUGAGCAGAUGCCUAUCGCAGAGAUCCAGCUGGUCAACGGCCGCAGCCGGUGCCAGGGCCGGGUGGAGAUUCUGCACAACAACACCUGGGGCACAGUGUGCGAUGAUGACUGGGACAUCGUGGACGCCAAUGUGGUCUGCCGCCAGCUGGGCUGCGGCCGGGCCAUCGCCAUGCCAGCCACCCUCUCCUUUGGCCAGGGCCGGGGCCCCAUCUUCCUGGACAACGUGGACUGCAAGGGCACCGAGGCGGCCCUCAGUGAGUGCAGCAGCCAUGGAUGGGGCAUCCACAACUGUUAUCACUACGAGGAUGUGGCCGUCACCUGCAACGAGCUCUUGCCUACCCCGGUUCCAAGAGGCCCGACCAGCAAAACCUCUACGGUCUCCUUACAAAAUGGGGAAACCGACGGGAGCGUCCGGCUGGUGAACGGGGCCAACUCCUGCCAGGGCCGAGUGGAGAUUUUCUACCGAGGGCAUUGGGGCACAGUCUGCGACGAUGACUGGAACCUGCGGGACGCCGGGGUAGUCUGCAAGCAGAUGGGCUGCGGGCGGGCCACAGGCUUCCGGACCAACGCCUUUUUUGGCUACGGCACGGGGCGCAUCCUCCUGGACAACGUCAACUGCGACGGGAGCGAGCCGCACCUCUCGGCCUGCUACAGCCUAGGCUGGGGUAUCCAUAACUGCGGGCACCACGAGGACGCCGGCGUCGUAUGCUCAGGGCUUGGGGUGACGACGGUUGCUCCCAUCACGACAUCCGUUGCCCACAUCUAUGGCGAGGUGUUCACCGAUUUGGUGACAGCCACUGAAGGAGGAGAGCCACCAACGCCGGAGACGGAGGCCAUGCUGACCCCAGCUCUUCUCCUCCUGGAAAAACGGAGUGGGGGCAUCCGUCUGGCCAACGGCAACAGCAGCUGCCAGGGCCGGGUGGAGGUCCUCUUUGGGGGCGACUGGGGCACCGUCUGCGACGACGACUGGGACUUCGCCAACGCCCAGGUGGUCUGCCGGCAGGUGGGCUGCGGCUCGGCCGUGGUGGCCACCCUGCUGGGCUACUUCGGCUAUGGGGUGGGGCCCAUCCUGCUGGACAACGUGGACUGUGGUGGGGCCGAGCUGGACCUGGCCGACUGCUUCCACCUGGGAUGGGGCCAGCACAACUGCGGGCACCACGAGGACGCCGGGGUCAUCUGCCGAGGUGCCGGUGAAUUGGGGGAUCCCUUCUUGGAGGAGAGCUUGCCCACGACGGCCUCCACGACCCUUCGGCCCAAGGAUGGCUUCCUGCGCCUGGUCAACGGGAGCCACCGCUGCGAGGGCCGCGUGGAGCUCUUCCUGCUCUCGCAGUGGGGCACGGUGUGCGACGAUGCCUGGGACCUCAAGGACGCCCGGGUGGUGUGCCGGCAACUGGGCUGCGGCCGGGCGCUGUCCGCCUCCGGCGAGGCCCGCUACGGCCAGGGCACUGGCUACAUCUUCCUGGACAACCUCAAGUGCAAAGGGGAUGAGGCCUCCCUCUUGCGCUGCUCCCACAUUCGCUGGAACGUCCACAACUGCGACCAUUCGGAAGACGCAGGCGCCCGUUGCCACCUCCUAUGAUGCAUUGGCCGACUGAAAGUGUCGGCCGCGAGUGGCGGGGCUUCCUCGGAGCGUGUCCAAAGCCUUCUGGGUGCUGUAGUGCCUUGGGACAUCAGUAUUGGCUUGACCACGGAUGUAUACACGUGUGUAUAUGUUUGCUGGUAUCACACCAGUCCAGAAGAAGAGCCGAGUCCCCAUUCAUCCUCUGCCGUCCCGGUUUUCGGCUGUCCUGGGGAUGCUGGGCUUUGUAGUCCCUUUUCCCCGGCUGAUCGAGGGAGGAUUCGCCCCACCAAUGCAAUCAGAUUCGGCCCACAUUCAACACGAAGUUGCAGGACUGCAACUCCCAGCAGCCUGAGGGAUGCUGGGAGUUGUAGUCCAACAACAGAGCAGUGUUUCGGGGAUUCUGGGAGUUGUAGUCUCCCCACAUAUCGGUCCAAAACAUCCAAGGAGAUGGGAUUUCAAUGAAUUUCAGGGGGAAUCUAUGUUUUCAAAUUAGCAUGUGCAUCAACAUCCAUGUAAAUAUAUGUAAUUUGCGAGCGGGGGAGGGUUCUCAUGUAUGUGUGUUGAUAUGAUUUGUUUGUCCAUAUUCCACAUCAUUUUUGUUAUUUUUAUUGGCCAUAUAAUAUUUUUUUUGGUUUGAAUAAAG